AUGAGUUUUCUUGCGAGUCUUCCAUCCCCUGGUUUACCCUUUCGGUCUCCCGGCCUACCGCCAAUUGGAUUCAACGCUGCCAAGGCAUAUGCCAAUGGUUCAGGAUCCCCAGCAUCUGCUGUACUACUUCUGGGACUCAAUUUUUUGUGCUCAGUAUGGAAAAUUGACCAGCACUCGCUAUUCGCGUCAGCACUAACAUGGGGGAUAAUAUGGGGUGUCUGUACAAGGGUUAAGGCUAGGCGGUAUUCGGGAACCGAAACGGGACGUCGAAAAGCAUAUAGUAUUAGUGGUGGGGGCGGAUGGUCUGGUGGAGGAAUUCCAAUAAUGUUGGCGGGGAGUAUACUACUUGCAGGUAUCUGCGAAAGCGCUAGCGGUGUUGAGAGUCCUUGGUUGAAGGCAGGUAUUCCUUCAGCGGCAUAUUUCAUACGAUCUUCCUGGAAAAUUGAUAAUGCCAACGGAUUACCGCUCCGCGGGAUGAGAAGGGUUAUGGUGCUAGUCAUGAUGGCUUCAGCAGUAGCUUUACAACCGGCAUUUGUGAGCAGUUCUGUAUUGGCACUUGGUGUUUGUAGCGCUGUAUUUUCAGCCUUAGCAUUGGUAUUACUGGAGCGAAGUCUGGUAGAAUUGUCAGAUGUUUCUGGGGUGCCCAAUUCGAACUCUACAGGGAGCUUUGGCCCCUGGAGAAACUGUGCAUUGAUUGGGAAGGAUUUGGGGAUGUAUUUGUCCCUUGGGUUUUUGGGGGCAAGUCUCACGCUCGAACGGUUUCCCUUGAGAAUCUUGGGGCACAUGGGCGUAUAUUUUGAAGAAGGUGUAAUCUUAUUGGCAUUGAAGCUGGUUGUUAUAUCUGCGCUGGGCGCCGCUCAAUGGGCUCUUACACUGUUUGUGGUGAUGAGAUACUCCGCUGUCAGUGUAGGGUUUCUAGAAUUAACUACGACGCUCCUGAUGGGAAUAUUUUCGGUAUUCUCGGGGAUAAGGCUUCUCGGCACGGUUGGUGCUUUCGUCGGGAUGUCUGGCUACUUCACUGCAAAACCUGGCACCGAGCGUGCAGCUAUCCUCUCGCAGCUAUUCCGCACACGUUCAGCGCAACUUGUGACGACCCUUGUAUUUGUUCUCACUGCUCUGGUGAUGUGGGGGUUUGCGUACUUUAGCCAAAACAUUGGAAUGUUUCCGAAAACACCCAGUGCAUCGGUGCAUGUGCAUGUACUUAACUCCGGGCAUCCAAUUCCAAAGCUUAUCCAAGAUGCUGAGGCACGCUACAAGCAAAUGCAAGAAAGCCAAUCAAACUCGCUUUCAGAGGCCGUCAUGGAGUAUCGGCGACGCUAUAAUAUGAAUCCUCCACCAGGCUUUGAUAAGUGGUACGAAUAUGCGAAGAACAGAGACUCCAUCAUAAUAGAUAACUACGACACCAUAUAUCACUCGCUCAAACCUUUCUGGGGGCUUCCACCACAAGAAAUUAGGAAACGCGCUAGGGAAGCUAUAGGUUUCAACGACCCCAUCGGACUCCAUGAUAAUAAGCUUCUGCAUGCAUCUAUCCGAAAUGGUGCUAUCAACGUUGGCGGACAGGGCCCAGAUUGGCAAAAAGAGGCAACUCAGCUCAUGAUAGAGAAGUUUGUCACUUUCUUACCAGAUAUGGAACUUGGCUUCAAUAUACACGAUGAGCCGCGAAUUGUUGUUCCGAGCGACAUGUUGACCCAGUACCUCGACCGCGCAGACACCGUGUUGUCCAGAAUCAAGAGCUCCGAUCCUCUCAGCGAUGAUUUCACACCAUUACCAGCCGAGGAGCGCGGAUCGGUACCGGACUUUCCUCGAACUCUGUUCAAUGUUUUUGCCCAUCAACCCACUUGGAAUGGAGCUCAAAUGUCCUGCCCAGCUGAUUCACCUGCCAAAUCGAUUGAUAUUGACGUCAAAGACGACAUUGAUCGAUUUUCAGUCCAGCCACUUGGGUUCAUUACCAACACAACAGAAGCGUCAGAUAUCUGCCUAUCCCCUAGUCUUCAGAGUCGCCAUGGUUUCUUCGACCGUCCCAACGCAUUUAACGUCGCGCAUCAACUUAUUCCUGUCUUUUCUCAAAGCAAGCCCUCCUCUUUUAAUGACAUCUUGUACCCAUCUCCCUGGUAUUGGGCCGGUAGGGUUGAAUACGACGACGCAAAAGACAUAGAUUGGGACCAAAAACAUUCAAAUCUCUACUGGAGAGGUUCUACCACCGGUGGAUUCUCCCGCAAUGGGGGUUGGAAGCGUCAACAUCGCCAACAUACCGUCACAGUUAUAAAUAAGAAUGAAACCGCCAAAAUCUUGGUCCAAGAACAUCACGGUGUGUCAGGUGAUUGGAGCGUCCGCGAAGUGAAACGAGAGAGCUUGGCAGGCCUAUUUGACGUCCGCUUCUCCCAUGUGGGCCAAUGCGAUGCGAAGGACUGCGACGAUCAGCGUGAGUUCUUUGACAUCGCGCCCAAGGCCGAUCAAGACGAUGCAUGGCAAUGGAAAUAUCUCCUUGAUAUGGAUGGCAACGCUUUCUCAGGACGAUAUUACGCAUUCCUUGAAAGCAACAGUGCCGUAUUCAAACAGGCGAUAUUCCGUGAGUGGCACGAAGAGUGGAUUGUGCCCUGGGUGCAUUACGUUCCUGUUUCGAUGGAUCUCGAGGAGAUUGCAGAGAUGAUGAGGUACUUUGAGAUGGAGCAGGAAGGAAAACGAGCCAUUCAAAAGAUUGCGCAGGAGGGCAGGAAGUGGGCAAAGGCGGUGUUAAGGAAAGAAGAUUUUGAAGUUUGGUUCUUCAGGCUGUUGUUAGAAUAUGGAAGAGUCAUAGAUGACAACCGGGAGACGAUUGGGUUUCUAGGCUAA